ACCAUCCAAAAAACAAACCAAAAAGAAAGCGCCAAAAGUGAGCGCCAAAAGUUCUAUUAAACCUAAAUAAUUACCGGCGCAGCCAUCCAUACUUCCUAUUAAACGGGUUCCCGCUUUCCAAUCAGGGGUUUCUCAAAGGAAGGCUUCACCAAUAGUGAUUUCGUAGCGGCGGCAAGAAUAGGUAUCAUCAUUUUAAUCAAAAUUGGCUGUUGGUUUUUGAUUUUGAUCAUGUUAUUAAUAACAGGCGAUGGCUCGUUCGAGAUCUCAAUCGGCUCAGAGUGUAGUUCCUCAUUCAAAUCAGAAUCGUGAAAGUGUAGUUCCAGGUUCAACACAUAUCAAACAAAAAAGAGGUCCUACAAAGUGCAAGGAUACUUGGGCUUUGUCGAAGGGUGAAAAGUUGCAUAUCAGGGUCAAUACUCAGGGACAACCAAUAGGUAAAAAUGUUAAAAAACUGACCAAUUUUUUGGGUACUUUAGCAAGGAAUGGAGCUUAUGCUCCCCUCAGAUAUGAGGAUUGGAGGAACAUGCCAAACUAUUACAAAACUGAAAUGUGGGAUUUGGUACAGGAAAAAUUUGACAUUGACCCAUUCGUUGAACCUUGGAUAUUGAGUUCCUUGAGUAGCAAGUGGAGGAACUUUAAGUCUUCUGUAAAGAGAGAUUGGUUUCGAGAUAAAGAGCGUGAUGAAAGGGUAUCAAAUGAUGAUUGGGCAUGGCUAUUACGAUUCUGGAGCACUGACAAAGCUGUGAAAAGGGAAGUGGUGGGCAAGGAAAACAGGGAUAAAGUGAUAUCAGCACACACCUUGGGAUCCAAAAGCUAUGCUUGCAAGAGAGACGAGAUGGCAGAAUCUAGACUGGACAAGCGCGAGCCAACCAGAGCCGAGGUUUAUGUUGCUGCUCAUGUGCGUCCAAAUGGGGCUCCGUUGAAUGACAAAGUUGCAAAGGUUAUUGAAAAAAUAAAUGAGAAGAAAACUCAAAUAGAGCCUACUCAUCAUGAUAGUCCUGGACCACAUGAUAUACUAUCACAAGCACUCGGAGAAGACAAAUAUCAUCACUCGAGAACAUUUGGAUUAGGGUCAGGUUGGGGAAUGAAGAGUUCUCGGUUGUCAAUAUUAAAGAAAGCAUUAGAGGGGAAAAGAAAUGCUGAAGAGAAUGCGGAAAAGAUGAAAGGAGAACUGCAUGAGGUGAGAGUAGGACAAGGAAAAAUCAUGACUUUGCUGCAUAAACUUCAUCCAAAUGUGAGCAUUGAUGAAUUGCUAGACUCAACAAUGCAGGACCAUGUAGUGAUUGAAUCAGAAAGUAAUGGGGAUGAAAUGAGUCCAACUGGAUUUGGGAGAGAAGAUGAAAACUUAGGGAGGAGUCCACUGCUUUCCAUGUUGCAAGACACAACUCCACAAAGAACUAACAGUCAAUCAAAUGAGGUUUCACCAAAUCAUAUUCUCCAAACUUACCUGCCUCAUUACCAUGGCUUAUCAUCUGAAGUGAACUCUUCUGAUAUACAAAACAAGACUUCCCAAAUGCCACCAAACAAGACAUUCUCGUUUUUGGAUUCUAUUUUGGAUUCAUCUCACAAUGGUGGUUCCUCUACCCAAUCACAGGGAUUAGAAUUUGUAAUAUUGAAGAGCUUGUUAAGUCCUGAAGUUAAUGUGGCGUAUGCUAAUAUCAUAACUAAAGAUCCAAAGGGUUGUGUGGCUGGCCAAGAAUUGGGUCGUGGAUUUUAUGAAGUAUUCAUUCACGUCCCUUUUAAAAGUGAUGAGCCUUUAGUACGACCAUAUGGAAGUUUUCAAACAAUUGGGGAUGUGAUUGGAAGGAGUAUCGCUUGGCCAUCAUCCUUGGUCACAUUCGCUGAUACCCAAUUAUUUUGAAGAUGCUCAAUCAUAUUGCAGAUAUCUGCUACUUCCUCAAGUUUGGAGAGUAGUUAUAAUAGAACCAUUUAGUUUUUAGUGCUCGUUUUCUUUAUUGAAAUUGGAUAUUAUUUUACUUUGUUGGAAGGAUUUUAGUUUUUUUUUAUAGAUUGGAGGAUUUUAGUGUUGGUACACGGUUUACAAAUGUUACGGAUUCACUGCUCUUUUAUGGUUUAUAUAAUUUUCAUUUAUAUUUGUCUUUCUAUUAUUCUUUUAUUAAUUUGCGUAUGUGGAUUUCAUGGGUGAAAAGCCAAUUGAAUACCAUAUUUCUUUCCAUCUACAUAUAUUAAUUUGUGACGAAUAAUACUGUAUUGAAAAA